UUUAGCCAUUCUCCGACUGUUCGCAAGCUCGACCGCAACAGCAGCUUGCAGCGGCUUGUCUCUGCGCUCGAAAGAUUUUAUAUAGUCACACGGGUCCGCCUAGUGCUUCAGUUUGGUGCUUAGACGCGGUGCGCGUGCCUCGAAACGCUGUACAGCAAUUGGAAUUUCGUCUCGAUUUGUGAAAUUGCGUUAAGUGGCCACAGCUAGAGCUAGAUCUAGACCGCUUGCCAAACCAAAAGAAAAUUCGUCGAGCCCUUUGUGGCAAUAUCCUGUUGUUAUUUUUGGCUAACAACAACAACAACAACAGAAAACUAGUCGAAAUUUUAUGCAAAAGGCGACUUUGAUGUUUCCCCAGUGCACUGUGAAAUAUUGAAAAAGAAAAAAAAAAAGUAAAAAGUAAAAAGUAAAAGAAAAGAAAAGAAAAGUAAUUAAUUGAUAUAUUGAAAAAAAAAAGUUGCAAAAUGGGAUUAAAACACUUGCUUGGACUUGUAGCUGUUAUAGCAAUUAUUUCGGAUUUACCAGUGUCUCGAGCUGUGCGCAUCGGCGCUCCACAGCCCAAGCAACGCAUUAAGGACAAACAACCGGAUCAAACAUCGGCGGGCUCCUACUGGCAACAGCACGUGGUCACGCCCAGCAGCUCGACGCCCUUCGACUCGCCCUUCUUCUCGGCAACGCAUGGCCUUGUGCAGACGCACCCCUCGCUGGCCGGCGGCAUACCCGCCUCCCGUCCGGUGCCCCUCAGCAGCAAUACGUUGGGCAGCGGCGUACCCGCCAGCAAUCCGGCUCUGACGGCUGGCAGCGGUUAUCUCAACUCGCGCGGCAGUUUGCCCACCUCGGCGCGUUAUCCGCCCAAGAUUUCGGGCACUGUCGUUGAGCCCAAUCCCAAGUCGCCAUUCCGUCAUCUGGAUUUCUCUACCAGCGCCACAGCCGAGCUGCGUCGCAAUCCCGCCCUGUCCGCGCCCGAUGAGUGUGCGCGUGCGUGUCGCGAAGGCGAACCACCAAGGAUUUGCUACUACCACUUUACGCUGGAGUACUACACGGUGCUGGGAGCUGCCUGCCAGGUGUGCACGCCGAAUGCAACGAAUACCGUUUGGAGUCACUGUCAGUGCGUUUUGGCCGAUGGCGUUGAGCGCGGCAUCUUGACGGCGAAUCGAAUGAUACCCGGUCCCAGUAUACAGGUGUGUGAGAACGAUAAGGUCGUCAUCGACGUGGAGAACCACAUGGAGGGCAUGGAGGUGACCAUUCACUGGCAUGGAAUCUGGCAGCGUGGCUCGCAGUACUACGACGGCGUGCCCUUCGUCACCCAGUGCCCCAUUCAGCAGGGCAACACGUUCCGCUAUCAGUGGACAGGUAAUGCGGGCACCCACUUCUGGCACGCCCACACCGGCCUGCAGAAACUGGAUGGCCUCUACGGCAGCGUCAUAGUGCGACAGCCGCCGUCGCGUGAUCCCAACUCGCAUCUGUACGACUUCGACUUGACCACACACAUCAUGCUCAUCAGCGAUUGGCUGCACGAAGAUGCCGCUGAGCGUUAUCCGGGACGUCUGGCUGUCAACACCGGCCAGGAUCCCGAGUCCAUGUUGAUCAACGGCAAGGGACAGUUCCGUGAUCCGAAUACGGGCUUCAUGACUAAUACGCCUCUUGAGAUAUUCACGAUUACGCCCGGUCGCCGCUAUCGGUUCCGCAUGAUCAACGCCUUCGCCUCGGUGUGCCCGGCCCAGGUGACCAUCGAGGGCCACAAUAUGCAGGUGAUUGCCACAGACGGCGAGCCAGUGCAUCCGGUCAAUGUCAACACGAUCAUCUCCUUCUCAGGCGAACGUUAUGAUUUCAUCAUCACUGCCGAUCAGCCUGUGGGCGCCUAUUGGAUACAGCUGCGCGGUCUUGGUGAGUGUGGCAUACGACGAGCCCAGCAAUUGGGCAUCCUGCGCUAUGCCCGAGGCCCCUACCAGCCUGCCUCGCCGCCACCCACCUACGAUGUGGGCAUUCCACAGGGUGUGGUCAUGAACCCCCUGGACGCGCAAUGUAAUCGUCAACGCAACGACGCCAUCUGCGUGAGUCAAUUGAAAAACGCACUCGAAAUCGACCGCGGAAUCUUGGCUGAGAAACCGGACGUGAAGAUUUUCCUGCCAUUCCGUUUCUUUGUCUAUCGCGCCGAAGAUCUCUUCCAGCCGAACACCUACAACAGAUUCUUGGUGGCUCCCACGGGUGAUCAUGUUAUUUCGCUGAUCGACGAGAUCUCCUAUCUCUCAGCGCCCGCUCCACUGACCUCGCAGUAUGAUGAAAUUAAUCCGGAACAGUUCUGCAAUGGCGACAACCGUCCCGCCGACUGCGGACCCAACUGCAUGUGCACCCACAAGAUCGAUAUACCACUGAAUGCCAUUGUCGAGGUGGUGCUUGUGGAUGAGGUACAACAACCCAAUCUGUCCCAUCCAUUCCAUUUGCAUGGUUAUGGCUUCAGUGUCAUUGGCAUUGGCCGUUCGCCCGACUCCACGGUCAAGAAGAUCAACUUAAAGCACGCACUGGAUCUGGACAGACGUGGACUGCUGCACAGGCAGUACAAUUUGCCACCCACCAAGGAUACCAUUGCAGUGCCCAACAAUGGCUACGUAGUGCUGCGUUUCAGAGCCGAUAAUCCUGGUUUCUGGCUCUUCCAUUGUCACUUCCUGUUCCAUAUUGUUAUCGGCAUGAAUCUGAUACUGCAGGUUGGCACCAAUGCCGAUCUGCCACCUGUGCCACCUGGCUUCCCCACGUGUGGCGACCACACUCCACCCAUACCCAUUAAUUAAGCCUAGGCCUUAGUUCUGUUGGCGCUAACUAGAGAAAUCCGCACAAAAAACAAACAAACAAACAAAAAACUAAAACAACAAGAAACUGAAAGCGAAGAAGACCCAACUACACUGAACGAAACAGUUUGUACAAAGUUCUUUCUUUUUUGAAAAGAGACAGCACAACGAUUAUGUAUGUAUGUAUUUGUUGUAAUAUAUAUAGCCCCGACACCUGGAUAACAAUGAUAUAUGUUAUGUAUGUACAUAUACAAUGUAUCACCUGUACCACCUGUAUGAUAUUACCUGACUUCCGCAACAGCUUGCCGCCGGGUGCACCCAGCCCCUAAAAGAACCAACGAGAAAAAUUGCAUCAAGCAACAGAUUGCCCCCUGACCUUGCCCCAUGCCCAAAUCACACACACACGCACACACACACACACACUUAUGUAGUACACACAGAUGUACUGCAGCAAGACGGUGCACUGAGAUUGAAUGUAAAAAAUCAAUUGAAGUUUGGAGCAGCCAUAAAAAUAUUCACAGCAAAGCAAUUUCAGCAAAAUUUUAAGCCUAAUUCCGGAUUAGAUCCGCAACUGUAGUGUGUGUAUGUAUAUGUAUGUGCUCUUUAUAUAUAUGCGUAUGUAUGUAUGUACUCAAUUCAUGUAUGUAUAUUUAAACUUAUGUAUAUAGGACCAAUAAAUCACACGCUGGUGCCUACAAAGCAUUUUGCGCAAAGCUCCAAAAUUUGAACUACGAUUUCAGUUGAAUUUUGACUUUGUGUAAAUUGCAAAAUACAUGUAAAAACGACAACAACAAAAACAACUAUAAAUAAUAACUUUUAAUGUACAUAAAAUGUUUGUAAAGAAGAAAACGAAAAAAAAAAUCGAAUCUAUAUAUAUAUAUAUUAUGCUUAAACUAUCUACUUAUGUAAUGCCUAGGGUCUAUUUAAUGAAAAUAUACUCUGAUUGGCUUGUCACAGUCAUAUUUAAUAGCUGCAAAUUCUGUUCAAUCAAUCUGCAUUUGUAAUUGAUAACUGUUAAAGUAAAUCUUGUAAAUUUCCCCAUUUUAUGUAUUUGUAUAAACUGGCAAAUCUAGAGAGAUGUUUUUUUUUAAUUUUUGUACGAUACACGGGGAACAAAACGCCCAAUUAACUGCCGUUAAAUUUAUAUUUAUUGUUUAAAUCAAUUUUAAUAAAAUAUGAAAAAUUUUAAAUAA